UCAAGCAAGAUUCCCGCUCUCUUAGAGCCAUAUCUCGGGCUACCCGAGGAGGCAUCACUGAUAGUCUUGACAAAUGUAAUGGGAGCGACGUCAAACUGGCUGGUUUUACGAUACCUCUAUUCAAUACUGCAAGGACGAGGCGCUGGCGUGGAUGAUACAGAGGCCAAUUCUGGAGUUGUGCUCGUGAGCUUUAUGAGAGAUUUGGCAUUUUGGAGAGAGGGCGCAAGCAGAUUAGGUUUGGACUUGGAUGGUCUAAGUAGGGCUGGCAAGUUCAGCUUCGUAGAUGGGCUGACUGGACUGCUCUCAGGAGGUCAGGACUCAGAGUCUACCGGAGACAAAGGGAGGAUUCUGAAGAGCGGGAAGCUGGAAGAUGUGAGGAGAGGCAUCGGAUCAGCGAUUGGGGAUGUCAGGCUAGGUUCCAAGGUCUUGAUUGUCGACCAACUAGACGAACUUUUGGCGAUAUCCGGAGAGGAAGACGUGACUGGACUGGCGCUGGAAGGGAUGCUGUUUUCUCUGAGAGAGCGAGUUCAUGCGACAGUUCUCACUUUUUCCGCAGACGAUGCUCUUCUGCGAAGCCAAACCACCUCACUAGAGCGCUCACACGCGGCGCUCGUACUCGCCCAGGCACAUGCUGCAGACCUAGUCCUGAGCCUCAGGAUGCUGGACACAGGUGUGGCCAAGGAUGUCAGUGGCGUGGUGAGGAUUGCGGUGCGUAAAGAAGAGGAGGAGAGUGCCGAGUAUUUAUACCACAUUGGGGCAGACGGGAAUGUAAAGGUGUUUGAGAGAGGGACUUGA